GGUUCGCGGCGUUUUUCCUUCUUGUUCUCGGGGAAACGAGCGGCGGCGGCGGUUUUGGAGGAGGGAGAUGCAGACGAGGUACAUGGAGAGGACGAACAGCAUGAGCAGCAGGGGGAAGCGGGGCCUGGACUCGAGCUCCGGCGAGGAAGGGCAGCCCGAUCGGAAGCGGCCUGCUCUCGCGAGUGUCAUUGUUGAAGCUCUCAAGGUGGAUAGUUUGCAGAAACUUUGCUCAUCAUUGGAGCCCAUACUUCGACGUGUGGUAAGUGAAGAAGUGGAGCGAGCUUUAGCAAAAUUGGGCCCCUUCAAAAUUACUGGGAGGUCUUCUCCUAAACGCAUAGAAGGAUCCGAUGGAAGAAAUUUGCAGCUACAAUUCAGGACCAGGUUGUCGCUCCCGCUCUUUACUGGAGGCAAAGUAGAAGGCGAGCAAGGCGCUGCAAUCCACGUUGUCUUAAUUAAUGCAGAUACAGGCUGUGUUGUCACAUCAGGUCCAGAGUCCUCUGUGAAGCUUGAUGUUGUUGUUCUCGAAGGGGAUUUCAACAAUGAAGAUGAUGACACUUGGACUCAAGAAGAAUUCGAUAGUCAUGUAGUGAAAGAACGUGAAGGGAAAAGGCCACUUCUAACUGGGGAACUGCAAGUGAUACUGAAUGAUGGUGUAGGCACGCUAGGAGAGCUUACUUUUACUGACAACUCAAGCUGGAUAAGGAGCAGGAAGUUUAGACUCGGUUUGAAGGUCUCACCAGGCUUUUGCGAGGCCAUACGCAUACGUGAAGCCAAAACAGAUGCUUUCACUGUUAAGGAUCACAGGGGAGAAUUGUACAAGAAACAUUAUCCACCUUCACUGCAUGAUGAAGUUUGGAGAUUGGAGAAGAUUGGAAAAGACGGCUCCUUUCAUAAAAGGCUGAAUAAGGCUGGGAUAUUUACAGUUGAAGACUUUCUCAGACUUGUGGUCAGAGACUCACAGAGACUGAGGAAUAUUCUUGGCAGUGGCAUGUCAAACAAAAUGUGGGAUGUUCUUGUAGACCAUGCGAAGACAUGUGUCUUAAGUGGGAAGCUUUACGUGUAUUAUCCGGAUGAUGCUAGGAAUGUAGGAGUUGUUUUCAAUAACAUUUAUCAAUUCAGUGGCUUAAUUGCAGAUGGCCAAUAUAUCUCUGCGGAUUCUCUUUCAGACGAUCAGAAGGUCCAUGUGGACACCUUGGUAAAGAAGGCAUAUGACAAUUGGAUGCAUGUUAUUGAGUAUGAUGGCAAAUCUCUGGUCGAUUUCAACAAUGAUAACACUGGUGCAUCUUGCUCUGAAUUUCCCAUGGGUCAACAAGAGUAUUCAAACAUAUAUGAUCACCAGCUUACUCCACCAAGCCUCUCAGUUCCGGUUUCCAUGGACCAGCCUCCUGCAGAUUCAGGGUACAAUGACAGUAUUUCUACCAGAUAUCAGAUGCAGCCACAAAGCGUUAAUGUCAAUACUCCUCUUCAGUUUGAUGGCUCUUCAUUCCCUCUUCAGAAUUCAUUAAUCAAUUCCUCACACCAAACCCAGCUUCUGAGCCUUGGUCCAUCACAGGCAUCGGCAUCUGGCUUUCAUGCUGGGGGCCCAUCAAGUCUUCCUCCUUACAGGGGAGCUGAGGAGCUUUUCUCGGAGGAGGAAAUUCGUCUGAGAAGCCACGAGAUGCUUGAGAAUGAGGAUAUGCAGCAUCUCCUGCGUAUCUUCAACAUGGGAGGCCAUAACCAAUCCUCAUUCAAUGUUACUGAGGAUGGGAACCCAUUUUCAUCAGCAUACAUGCCCAACCUAUCUCCGAAUUUCGGCUUCAAUGAGGACAGGAGCCGCUCAUCUGGCAAAGCUGUUAUUGGGUGGCUAAAGCUUAAGGCGGCAUUGAGAUGGGGCAUCUUUGUCAGGAAGAAGGCUGCGGAGAGACGGGCGCAACUUGUAGAGUUGGAUGAAACGUAGACAAGGAAUGAAGAUGAAGCUGGUCUAGCUUUGAUGUUUAUACGUUCCUCUCCUAGCCCUGCCUAAUUCCUGUCAAACAUAAGUUUGGGCCGGUGCAGGAAAUACGGGCAUAACCUCAGAUUAUAUCUGUAAGAUCUUACACAUCGAGCUCUUGCAAUGGAUCCUACUCCCUACAAAUAGUCAACAUCUGUAUGAUUCUGUCCCUACACAAAGCUUGAUAUCCAUAAGCAGCUAUUGUUGCGGUAGUCUCUGCAUGAUAUUGCUGCCUCAUUGUGAAGAUUGACCAAGUUGGAGCCAUUUCAGCUGGAGAUGUUUGAUUGGUCAGAAGCUGAAACUGAAGGCGCUUACUGGGAGGAGCCUUUCUAGAAGCUAGAUAAGUUUGCACGAGUUCUUUCACAUGGUAAUAGGAGGUAAGGUUGGUUUAAUUAUGUCAGUUCUAGUGUCUGUUGGAUGUCAAUCUGCUCGUGUAGGUGCAGUAAGAUUCCGAACCUAUAGAUGUGGUUUUCGUCGGUAGAUUAACGACUGCCUGCACAGUGACUGUUAUUAGACUUCUUUAGUUUGUCAGCGUAAUAAGCUGCGUAGGUCGGUUUGAGCCUGUAUUAUUCACUUUCUUACAAAA